UAGAUUUUCUAAAUAUGGUUACCUGAGUGGAGAGAUCAAAACAAACUGUCGAGCUUUGUACGGUCCAAAGAAUUAUUUCCAUGAAGCCGAAAAUACCAUAAGGUAUGUGUGGUACUACAGUCCUCUUUACAGAGCAAAUUUUCACAACACAAAAAGGAAACUUGACUGACAGUUGACAUUCAAGUAAACAAAAUGUCAUUCCAGUCAUUACAUUACCAACGUGUGCUAUCUGAGGAAGAACUAGGGGAAGAGGAUCUCCCACCAACUUUUGUUUCAACAAAAGGAACGGAUGAGAGAGGCAAAUGGAAUCACAUUGAAAAUCUAGACGAAUUCUUCGCACGUGUUUAUCGAUAUCAUCAACAGAGUGGUUUUGCCUGCAUGGUUCUUAGUGAGAUUUUCCAGCUUCUGCAAUAUGUGUUCAUAGUUUUAUUUAGUACAUUUCUGAUUGUCUGUGUGGAUUAUAAAAAGCUGUUUGAGGACAAGGAGCCUAAAUGGGAAACUUCAGUGCGCUUUGAGAGACUUAAAAGAAUGCCAACUAGUAUGGUCAUCUGCCUCGUGGUCGGGUUCCUGUUCUGGAUUAUCAAGUUGCUUCAUGCUGUAACAAUUUUGUGCAAAGCGUUUCGUAUUCGCAGUUUCUAUUUAAAUGUUCUUCACAUUCGUGAUUCUGAGCUACAGAAUAUGCAGUGGUAUGAUGUACAAAAAAAGUUGAUAGAAGCACAGAAAACUCACCACAUGUGCGUCCAUAAAGCGGAAUUAACAGAGUUAGACAUUUACCAUCGAAUUCUACGGCACAAGAAUUAUUUAGUUGCAAUGCAAAACAAAGCUGUGAUACCUUGUUUAUUUAGUAUACCAUUUUUAGGACGAUGGACUUUCCUCACGCAUGGUUUGAAGUACAAUUUGCAUCUGAUACUGUUCUCUGGUGCUGGAGCCCCUUUUGAAACGCCCUGGAAGCUACGAGAAGAAUACAGAGACAUAACAUUGAGGAGGCAACUUGCUGUUAAGCUAUCAAAAAGAAUAUUUCUGUUUGGUUUGCUAAAUCUGGUACUCUGCCCGUUUAUCCUGAUUUACGAAAUUUUGUACUCAUUUUUCAAGUAUGCUGAGUUGAUAAAGAGAUCGCCGGAUUUCUUUGGAGCUAGAAGAUGGUCUCUGUAUGGCCGAUUGUACCUCAGGCAUUUAAAUGAGCUGGAUCACGAAUUUCAAGCAAGGUUGAACAAAGCCUACGAACCAGCUACGAAGUAUAUGAACUCAUUUAUGUCGCCCCUUGUUGCUGUUUUUGCUAAGAAUGUUGCGUUCUUUGCCGGAGCCCUAUUAUCAGUCCUGCUUGGUUUGUCAAUAUUUGAUCAAGAUGUAUUGAGAGUGGAAUAUGUUCUCACGAUAAUGGCUGUACUUGGCCUUAUCAUCAAAGGUUGCUCAACCUUCAUUCCGGAUGAGAACUUCGUGUGGUGCCCAGAGACACUCCUCAAGCAAGUAUUGGCUUUCACUCACUACAUCCCAGACCAUUGGAAAGGAAAAGCACACACGUCAGAGGUAGCGAAGUAAUCUUAAUAUAUUUGAAUUAUCUUCCCCCGAGCCUUUUUUUCUUUAAAUGUUUACUUGAUAGAAGAACUUGUAAGUCCACUACUGACUCCAUUCAUUUUGAUGUUGAGCAUGCGGUACAGGGCUCAGAGUAUCGUAGAUUUUCUCAGAAAUUUCACAGUAGAAGUAACAGGAGUCGGCGAUGUGUGCUCCUUCGCACAACUUGAUGUACGUCGGCAUGGCAAUCGAGCCUGGUUAUCCGGAGACCUUACCGAGGCUGAAGAUUUGAGCCAAGCGGAAAACGGGAAAACUGAGCUGUCUCUAUUACAUUUCUCGAUUAAAAACCCUGCGUGGAAGCCUUCAGAAAGUGGGGAGCGCCUAAUCACAGCUAUUAGAGAAGAAGCCCUAAAGGAAUCACUCACGAUGUCUGGUUCCUCCCCAUUCCCCUCUUUGCAGCCGCACCCCUCAUUGGGUGUUGGUGGAACACUCGAGGAUUUCUCUAUUCAAUAUCCAUCUCUGGUAAACGUCCCCGAGAAUAACGAGCAGGCCAACAAUGCAACCAUGUGUAACAGCAUGCUCUACUUCCAUAUGUUGCAUGAUAAAUCAGUUCAUCCUGAUAAACGAGCCAUUGAUGCCUCUGAAACCAAGAAUGUCUUGCCCCAGUCUGGUUUAUACCCAAGCCUCCGACGCCCGUGGCCGGAUUAUUCCGACUACAAUGAAGAUGAGCCGAGUGAUAGAGACCCGGAAGAUAUUGAGAUCGCAGCAAAUACGGAAAAUCUCGUACGCUAUUUGCAGGAGUGAAUUGCCCCUCGAGCCAAGUUACAAAAUUUGCACCAGUUGGUGGGCACAGAUAGGCAAACCAAGGUACUUGAAAGAUUGGUAUCUAAAAAUGUGGUACAGAUGAAGGGUUUCGUUACAGUUUAUAUAGAAUGUACAACAACAAAUGAAUUUUGCAUGGGUGUUAUUUGACAAGGGGUAGGGGUUCAUAUGAAAGUGCAGGAACCUAAACUCUAAUGAAAAAUCUCAAUUAAUUUACUAUAUGAAAAAUUACAGCCCUGUUUUCAGCUGCUAGCCAUAAAGCUAAUACAAACCCUGUCGGCUUUGAAGUGCCUCGCUUAAUACGAAUUUGACAUUAAGUAGGUUUUAGACACGAAAUUUGGUAAGACCCAGCCAUCCUAUGUACAUUGCUUUGUGUAAAAUCGGUUUUGUCACCAACUUUGCACGUCUUUGAAACGUACCUAGACAGUAUUAAUUUUCUCAGUUCAUGACCUCUCUCAAGUUAACUCCUACUCAAGCGUAUCUUCUUCUAUGUGGGUUGAUUGAAACGUAAAAGCUUGUUGAAUUUAACCAUAUGCACUUGGUCUGUGAGACAUCAGCUAGGUUUUCAGAAAUAAAGAGUGUAUCUCUGCAGCACUUCAAAGUAUUAAAAACUGGCCAUAAGACUUUAAAUUUGAAUAAUGUUGAAAAAGACAUCGGUAAAUCCACUUUUUUCAAAUUCCUUCUCAGACUUUGUGCGCUU